AUGUCGAGGUAUGCACCGACCGUCCCUUCACUUGCGCGCCUCUUUACCCUCCUGUCGUCUUCCGUCGCCUCGCGCCUUCCCUCCCCCGCUCCUUCCCUUCCCCGCUCCUUCCAUCCCUCGCUGCUUCCCUCCCUCGCUCGCAUCCUCACCUCUCUCUCUCUAGCUUCCACCCUCCUCCUCCUGCCAAUUCUCCCAACCUGCUUUGCGCACUGCACACUUGAUACUUCACCCACGAACCAAAUUCCACCCCUCCCUCCGACCUAUUAUACUCUAUCCUGCCUCCUCCGCCCCGCCACUCCCCCCAUCUCACCCUCAUCCCCGCACUCCCACACCCCGCUCUCCGCUCCCCCUUCCCCUCCCCCCGCGCGCGCCAGGUACCAGUGCUGCGGAGGGUUCCUCCCGUGCAGCGGGCACUGCGGGGAGUCCAAGUGUCCCAAGUUCUGUCUGGGCGUGGAGGUGUGCCUGUGCUUCCCCUCGUCCGUCGCCUCCACGCGCUUCCUCAUUCAGGACCAGCUCAACAUCAUGAACAGCAAGUGCGACAACGGUAUCCUGGCGUUCCUGGUGUGUCUGGAGCAGCUCGCGUGCAUCUUCGCCAUCCUCGCCUGCAUCCUCCAGAGCGACAACCUUCAUGACGCCGCACAUGCCCUGCGCUGCAUGGCCGAUGUUGUCUACUGCUCUGUGUGUGCAUGCAUGCAGACGCAGCACAAGAUAGAGCUGGACACCAGAGACUCUCACAACGCCGCCAAUGCUCCCCCCAUGUCUGCUCCUCCUCAACAGACCAUGCAG